CCGUGAAUGCAGCAUUCUGGGAGGGUCUUGUGAGCUUCGGUUUGGCUUCUCGGCCGCUCACUCUGCUUACAGCUCCUUCAAGGGAGGAAGAAACACGAAGGUCUUCGGUAUUUGAAAGCGCAGCCUGCGAACGAUGGCAGCCAUCAGGAAGAAGUUGGUGAUAGUUGGGGAUGGUGCGUGCGGGAAGACCUGUCUACUCAUUGUGUUCAGUAAGGACCAGUUCCCAGAGGUCUACGUCCCCACUGUGUUUGAGAAUUACAUCGCAGACAUUGAAGUUGAUGGCAAACAGGUGGAGUUAGCGUUGUGGGAUACAGCAGGUCAGGAAGACUAUGAUAGACUGAGGCCUCUCUCCUACCCCGACACAGAUGUUAUCCUCAUGUGCUUCUCCAUAGAUAGCCCAGACAGUUUAGAGAACAUUCCCGAGAAAUGGACACCUGAAGUGAAACACUUUUGUCCCAACGUCCCAAUCAUCCUCGUGGGCAACAAGAAGGAUCUUAGGAAUGAUGAACACACACGCAGGGAGCUGGCCAAGAUGAAACAGGAGCCAGUAAAGUCUGAGGAGGGCAGAGACAUGGCCAACCGCAUCAGUGCCUUUGGCUACCUGGAGUGCUCCGCCAAGACCAAGGACGGCGUGCGGGAGGUGUUUGAGAUGGCCACCAGAGCAGCGCUGCAGGUCCGCAAGCGUAAGAAGAGGGGCGGCUGCCAGCUACUGUGAAGAGGUGGAGUUUAUUGCCCAAUCAGCACCUGAGGGAGGACUCCCCGCCCCACACAGAGCAAAGUUAAAGAAACCUUAAAUCAAUGGCUUCCGUGGACUAUACUUUCUUCACAGAUGCAGAUAUGCCGCAGGCAAAUAUGAAAGACUGACACACCUGUUUAAAAGCAAAACAAAUCAGCCUUUUUUUAAAACUCUAUUUCCUCUGCUACUCACACACUGUUAGUUUUUGUUUCUGUUUGCUGUUUUGUUUUCCUCCACCAGCACACCAGCCUGUUUGCGUGAACGACCUGCCCCCUCCUCCUGUAUGUAUGAAUGUGUGUUUGUAUUUAUAUGUGCAUAUACUUCACAAAUAUAUCAUGAGUCUGACUCUGUGUAAUGAUUGUUUACAGAGAAAGGUCUUGUAGCUCAAAUGCUCACUGACUCUUUCUCUUAGCUCACAGCCGCAAGUUGCAGACAGUUUUAGAUUUGCUUUAAUAGUAUGGAACCAUGCUUCUCUUGAACCUGCAUGUACCACUCCGUCUCCUUUUAUACAUUAGCUUCAGUCAGGAUUCCUUAAUCUAUUUGUCAUACCACUAUUAAUUUUACACCCUGGAAGUCCUAUUUCACCAAGUGCUGUGUCAGCAGAGCUCUGUUUCCCCCAGCUUCUGACAUAAAGGACUAAAUUUAGAGCCUGUUCACACUGCAUUAAUCCACUGAAACCUACAUAAACUGAAGCAGCAGAGACUAUUUGUGUGGAGAGGUGUUGGACUGCACCUUGGUCUGUCUCUUUUCCAUGGUGAUAGCUUAAGCUGGCACUGGAGACAGUGGUCUAUUGUCAUGGACACAAUACUUGCAGUCACACUCACACUGGUUAUGACAAACGUCACAAACGCCUUCCCCCAAACAAGCUCUGCCUCCUGUCUGAACUCUGUACUGUCAGAUCAAGUAUACAGUCAUGAUGUAUCGCUGUGUGCGGGAUUAACUGAGGAUGAGUGCACACUGUAUGCAGCCAUAUUAAUAUUAAAACAGGUUAUAGGCCUAUUCUGUGUAUAAAGGUUUUAUUAAAAUACCCAACUGACAACUUGAUUCAGAGCUCAGACAGUGUCAUUACCAAUGUGCUAUCUCCUCAGUUUGGUUCACCAGAUCAGUGACUCUGACACUUUGAAAUUGGGGCUUUGCUUGUGUGUAAUAGCCCUUUCUUUGACACCACAGGGAUAUUCCUUUAAAUGUGUUUGAACAAACAAGGAUAUCUAAGUACAUAGCAAGUGUGUGGUCAAAGUUUUUCACUCGUGUAACCCUUAAAGAUCACUGAAGUGGUCGUGGCCAACCAUAUAAACAAAGGGUGUGUAUGUGUCUGGGAACAACCACGAUGUCUGUAGCUGAAACGUUAAGGUUAAAGUUUGACAUUUUUACAACAAUCCUGUGAAUAAGAGAUUUGAACAAGAUAUUGCAAAAGAAAAGCCUGAGCGCCAACUUUGUCAGUGACCAAAAGCACAAUUUAAACUACAGUAGUUUUCUCCACUAAGUGACAGAAUCAUUAAACCACCUCAUCUCCUUCCAGGCACCCCUCUGAUGCAAUUACAGUGAACCUAUUUGAGGCAGUAUGACGGGACUUUGUUGUUUGUACUGUAUAUUCCAUAUCUAGUCCCGCACAGAAAAAGCCCUUGAACACACUGUACACACAAGUGUAUGAGACGGUCCCUACAUUGAUCUCACCACCAUCAUAAGCUACAAGUAUGGUGAUCUUUCUUUUAUCCAGUACGUUCAGUUCCAUAGAGAUCAGAAUGUUGCGAGCUCGGGCUAAUUCCUGGACAGUGCCUCUAUGUCUGUAAUGUAAAACACCAUAGUUCAAGAGAAAAUGUUGAUUGUGAUGGCGCUUUACUAACAGGAGUGGGAUGUGUUGAAUGUCUGGAUGAGACAAACAUGUUAAUAAAGUAUUUUUGAAAUACUA